CUUGCUAUAAUGGAAAAACAGAGAAAAGAGUGACUCAUUCUGUUGGGUGCCCGGAUGGCUUUACAGAGGUGGUGAUAUUUGAGUUGGGUCUUGAAAAAUAAAUAGGCGUUUACCAGGUAAUGAAGAUGAAGAAAGGCACUACGAUUGAGGUAGAGAUAGAAGUAGAGGUGUGGGAUGAAUGGAUGCACAGUUAUUAAAGGGCGUGGCAUACGGGGGGAGCAGUAGAGAGCCCCCUGCCUCUCAUCGUGGGACAAAUCCCUGGGCCUGUGCAGCAGUAUGCUAGUGGCUAUGGAAAACCACAAGACAAGCGUGUCCCAGCUGCCUGGGGCUUCUCUGAGUUUAUUCAAUUUCAUGUCAAUUUUAGUUAACAGUAAUUUUAGACAUUUUCCCCAGUUUUGUUGAAAUGUGACUGACAUACAGCAUUGAAUAGAGAUUUUAGACAUUUUAAAAAUGAAAAAAAGGGCACCUAGCUGGCUGAGUCAGAAGAGCAUGAGACUCUCGAUCUCAGGGUUGUGAAUUCAAGUCCCACGUUGGGUGUAGAGAUUAUUUACAUAAAUAAAAAAAUAAGCAUGAAAAUAAACAUGAAUAUAUUUGUGAAGAAUACAAAAAGUCCAUGCAUUCUUUAUAUGAAACAAAUACAUCCCAAUUUCAGAAGUCUGUUUCAAGCUGUAACUCUUAUCAUCAGCCUAUCAUCAUCAAACCCUGUGGUUUCAGGCCCCUUGGCUCUUAGGGGUUUCAUUUGAGAAGCACUGGACUAAAACAUGGGUCGAACAGAAGAGAGAGACACGAAAUGAGGUUAGAAAAAUAACCCAUUAUCUCCUAGAUAUCUUUAAAGCAUCUUUCAGGACUAUAUUUGUAGUGGGUUUCAUAUGCCAAAUUGAGAAUAUUUAGGCAAGGUGAUGUCAAGAUUGAAUCUCUGUUGUAGAACACCGUGGCAACUUGGCAAAUCAAUUUGAGAGGAGGAAACAGAAGAAAUCAAGAGACUAUUAUAUUACUACCAUCUAGGUGAGAAAUGGGGCCUUCCUGAGAUAUGGCAGAGGCAGUGAGGAUGGCUAAGAAGAGACUAUUUGAGAGAUAACUUAGGAAAGGAAAAUGACAGGACUUAGUGACAUGUUUACUGUUGAGUACUGGGAGUCAGGAGUGAUUCUCAGAUUUCUAGCUUCGCAAACCCAUGAGCAAUGGAUACUAUUACCUAAGGUAGAAAAUAGAGGGGAAAAAGUUUCCAAAAGUACCUCAAAGAUAUCUGAAAGACAAUGAGUUGACUUUUGCCUCUGCUAAAUUGUGAUGCCUGUGGCACAGAAAUUAUUCAUUUAAUAUCUUCAUCUAGCAACUAUUAAACACCAUGAACUAAGCUAGAUAUGUAUUUUAAAAUGUCCAGUAGGUAGUGGAAAAUCAGGUCUGAAAGAAAUUUAAAAGAUGUAUAAGGCUGAAAAUACAGAAAUGGAAGUCACUGAUGUGCUUUGCAGGAUGGCAAAAGCUAAGGGGACCAGAUAUGCCAACAGGAGAGUACAGAGUAAGAAAAGAAGACUCACCCUGAGCCCAAGGAAAAGUAAUCUUUCAAUGUCAGGGUGUAGAAGAGCCUGGGGAAAGGUCGUCACAAUGUCAACAUGAUAAGUCCUCCUCCUAGUUAAAAAUGAUUUCCUUAGUAAAAUUUAUUAGCAUUUCACAAGACAAAUUCUUCAGAAAUUUGGAAGAAUAUAUAUGAUCUUUCUACACACCGUGUGAAGUCAUAGGAUCAUUUUCUCAAAUGUCAUGAAUCUGUACGCCUCUUCUUAAUUAAAUAUUUUCAUUUAAAUUGGCUGUAAAAAAUUAAUUUGGGGGCACCUGGGAGGCUCAGUCAGUUAAGCCUCUGACUCUUGAUUUGGGCUCAGGUCAUGAUCUCAUGGUUCAUGGGAUUGAGCCCCACAUGGGGGUGUGUGCUGACAGUGUGGAGCCUGCUUGGGAUUCCCUGUCUCCUCUCUCUCUGCCCCUCCCACACUCACAUAUGGAUGUCCACUUUCUCUCAAAAUAAAUAAAUAAACAUUUUUUUUUAAAGAGUAUUUUUUAAAGAAGUCAAUUUGGACUAAUUACUGCAGUCAAUUGUAUUACUUUAUUAAAUUCUGCCAGCUUACAAAUUAGGCAGUUUUAAUUAUUUUUUAACGGAAAGAGGGAAACAACGUUCAGGGAGAGGAACUUCACUGUGUGAAUCCCGUAGGACCCAUAACCACAGAUAAAAUGAACCUUGGAGUUACUAAGGGAUUUAAUCUUCUCCCCCUGAGACUUCCAGUAUGAGUCAAACUAUACAAAAACUAUCUGGCAAGAGGAAAAUGUAACACAUCAGAAUUCUGGGACACUCACGACACCCGAUCCAGCCAGAUUUUAUCUUUCACAUCGGAAUCUAGGGCAGAUUCCUGGGACGGCUACCCUGCCCCAACCGCCGAUGGGGGAAGCCGAGCUGUCCUAAGGGGGUUGGAGCCCUCAAUCUUCCUCCCAGCCUUCACUCCCUGCUGCUAGAGAUCACACCCUAGACGGAUUCAUCUUUGGGUACUGUUGCACCUGGUGAGGGCAAGGCUGUCCGUCCUGGGGUCAAGCCAAGCCACCACCCUCUAUACAGGAAGCCACAUCGCACAACUCCUUCCCGGCCGGUGGAAAACUGAGCUGGCCCUAGUUCAAGAUGCGUGACGUCCACAUUACGGCAACCAAUCACAAGUCUGCUCUUAAGAAGCGGGCCAGGGAGCGGACACUGUAUUGGUGGUGGUGUCUUGUCAAUCUCAGCAGAGGCACAGCCUCUUUCUCUUAGCAACGGAUGUGUCAUAGCAACAGCUUGCCGGGAGCUGCUGUUUGUGGUCUUGGGACUUGCUUUUCUGGGAGGAGAGUCAAACUUCCAUCUCCAGCUCCCAAAGGAGCUUUCUCCAGGCCUAAGUCAGAACCAUGGCUCCAAAAUAUCAAAAACAAAAGAGUGCUGGUGGCCACAAAAACACAAAACGGAGCAAAACCAAACAGAUAUUACCUGACAGAGAAGAAGUGGAACCUGUUACUAUGGAGAGCAUGGGUCAUCCAGAAAUUUAUCCUUUAGUGUUAACUACCCAGACCCAGGAAAUAUUUAACUGCCGAAUAGAUGAAGAUGUCACAGAUGAAAAACCUUAUAAACUUAUCAAAAAAGAAGAUAUUUUAGCAGACUUUAAAAACAGAGCUGCAGUGUCUGAUUUCUACCCAGUCAAAAAAGUUAUCCAGGAAUAUCCUGGAGAUGAGCUUCUGGUUGUUUAUGACAAAGACUUCAGAUAUGGACUUAACUUUUAUCUUAUUGGAACAGAAGAAGGCAAAGAAAACUAUUUAAAUCGCCCAGAAGUACCAGAAGAACAGGAAGAAUAUAAAGAGCAUACUUCUGAAGAUUUAUAUAUUUAUAAACCACCUAUCUCUAAACCAUGGGUUUCUUUGGGCAGUGAAAAAGAAAUUGAUGAAGAAUCGGUUAAGGAAUCUGCAAAGCAGAUUACAUAUAUGAUUUCUCGAAAACGAAGUGAAUUUGGUGCGCCAGUUAAGUUCAGGGACCAAAAUGCUUCCAGCGUAAAAGAUGCCUAUAUUGAAUGUACAGCCUACCCAGAUAAAAAUUUUAUCGUUAAGCAACUUGAGAAAGAUGUUGGCAUGCAAGUCGUCCCCAAAGUCAAGGACACAAGUACUCAAACAAGAUGGACAUAUCCCAAAAAUGCCAGUACACAAUAUUAUCCAAGAGAAUUUUCAGAGGAGGAAAAAGAGAUAUUCGGACAAUCCAAGCCUUUGAUUGACUUUCUUAAUAAUGCAUCUAUAAGUGUUGAAAUAGCCCUGCAGCAAAAUGAAAUCAUGAACACAUUUAUUGAUGACUGGAAGUGCCUGGCAGAAGAAGAAGGCACCUUUGGAGACAAAACUGAUACCCACCUGAAAGAGUACCAGUCCUUUACCGACCUUCAUAACCUAACAGAGAAUAUGGUCACUUCCAUCUCAUGGCAUCCGACUAUCUAUGGGCUAAUAGCUGUGUCAGUGGCUGUAAGACUCUCCCUUGAAGACAGAGUCCACUUUUCUGGUAAAUUAUUGCUGCAGCCAUCACUAAUUCUUUUCUGGAGUUUCUCCGAUCCCAUACAUCCUCAGUUAAUGCUGGAGAGCCCAGAUGACAUCUUCUGCUUCAAGUUCUGUCCAAGUGACCCUAAUAUCAUUGCUGGAGGCUGCAUAAAUGGGCAGAUUGUCCUGUGGGAUAUUACUGCACAUGCAGAUCGCAUAGAAAACAUCAAGACAGGCGGUAGCAGAAGUAAAAAAGCCACGCUCAAGCCCAUGUUUCUCCUUGAACCAGACAGUAAUAAAGAAGCGAUGUAUAUCAGACACUGCGCAGUCUCCUCAAUAGAAAAUGGUCAUAAGAAAGUAAUUACAGAUAUACACUGGCUGUCUGACACAUUUGAGAUUAACAGAAUGGGUUCUGUCUUUGAGAAUCGAAGUGGAAUAUGCUGUCAACUUGUCACAUGUUCAGCUGAUUGCACAAUAUGUUUUUGGGAUAUCAGAUCACAGAAAGCUUUAACCCCACCACCAAUAGAGAAAAAGAAAGAAGAAAGUAUUGAAAUUCCUUUUGAUGUGCCAUCUACUUUUUUGCAUCUAGAUCUCUCCUGGAAACCCCUCUUUAAGAUAAGGCUGUCUAAAGGUGAAACAAGUUUAGACCACUGCCCAACCAAGAUCAGCCUGAGUGAGGACCAUCUCCUUUACAAAGCACAAGACAAAAUAUUAGCCCAGAGCAAAUUAGUGAAGGCAGGAGAGAUGAACCCAUACCACAAUCUGGAAGGUGCGUUGGCCAACAAUCUCAAGCCUAUAGAGGACUUCUGCACAAAGUUCUUUGUUGGAACAGAGGAAGGUGGAGUGAUAUAUACAGAUUGGAAAAUGGAAAGAGACCCUGAAACUGGCCGAUUGAUGGCAAGGAAGCCAGUGAACCUUUACGCCGUCCAUGAUGGAGCUGUCCACACUGUUCAGAGGUCACCUUUUUACAAGGACAUUAUCCUCACCAUUGGAGGAUGGAACCUGGCCAUCUGGAAAGAAGGUAUUACGACUGGACCCCUCCUUCAGUCAUGCUGUGCACCAAAAAGGUACACAGCAGGCCACUGGUCCCUGACAAGGCCUGGAGUCUUCUAUAUUGGCCGAGAAGAUGGAUACAUCGAUAUCUGGGACCUUCUGGAGAAAACCCAUGAGCCAGCCCAGUCACAAAACAUCUGCAUAACCAUGAUCACCUACAUCAAACCCUGGACUUUUACUGCUAAGCAGCAAUUUAUAGCCAUAGCUGAUUAUUAUGGAACACUGCAUAUAUUGGAAAUUCCUUGGACAUUAAGUCACCCUUCCACCAAUGAGGCAUCAAGUAUGAGCUACUACUUUGAAAGAGAAGUCAAGCAUCUGGAAUAUGUAGAACAGCGCAAGAAAAUUCGUGAACAAGAAAAGAAGGAAAUGGAGCUGGAACUUGAGAAGAAAAAAACCAAAACAUAUCAGAAGUCAAAAGAACAGAUGGAGGCUGAAUUGAAAGCAGACUAUGACAAUUACUUAGAACUGGAAAAGAACACCCUCAUCAACCUCGGCCUCAUCAAAGUGCCAGAGACGAUGUCAUUCAUGGACUUGAUGUAGAAAGGCUUUCUGCAGGGGUGUUUGGGGCCUUGGUAGGACUUUGUUUUCUUUUUAUUCAUUAUUUUUUAUGUAAGGUGAGCUAGCAAAUUAAACAUUGAAUAGGUUUAUUUGUAAGUAUUAGCCUUUUAUUUCACUAAAAUUAAAACUUGAUUUAUCACAACAA